AUGUACGGAGCAGUGAACCUGGGCCGCCGUGCCGCUAUGCGGGCAGCGGGCUGUGCAGAGGACGAGUCAAAAUGCCCGCCAGAGUUUGUGGAAGCCUUCAAUGACUUCGGGUCUUGGGUGGCCUCCUUUGGUGUGGGCGCGACGCUGAUCACGGCGGUUGCGCUUGGUGCAGUUUGCGGGCAGAGCGUUGUGAGGAAGCAGCCGUUGCCGCAGCCGCACUUCAGAUCCCUGUGGCUGCCCGGUAGCGCCGCGGGGCUGCUGUGGAGCCUGGGCAACGUCUUCCAGACUGCAGCGGUGGUGCGGGGGGGCAAUGCUGUGAUGCUGCCGGCCAAUCAGGCCAUUCAGCUGGUCACCUCCGGGGCCUUCGGGCUGCUCUAUUAUCGAGAGGUGGCGGGAACUUUGCGGUCACUGCAGUGGUUCUUCUUCGCGUUGUGGACGUUGGGGGCCAUCCUGCUGCUCAGCCAGGAGAAGUCCUAA